AUGGCGGCCAGUGGCAGUGAUCCUCGGGUUGCAGACCUUGAAGAAGAUGCCACUCACCUCUUCUUUUCGAAAGAGUUUGAGACAGUGGAGACAGUCCUGAACUCUGAAGUUCACAUGCUUCUGGAGCAUCGAAAGCUGCAGAAUGAGAGCGCAGAAGAUGAGCAGGAGCUUUCAGAGGUUUGCAUGAAAACCCUGAACUAUACAGCCCGCUUCAGUCAUUUCAAAAAUAGAGAGACCAUUGCCAGUGUUCGUAGCUUGCUUCUCCAGAAAAAGCUACAUAAGUUUGAGUUGGCCUGUUCAGCUAAUCUUUGCCUAGAGACUGCUGAGGAGUCCAAAGCUCUGAUUCCAAGUCUGGAAGGGUGUUUUGAAGAUGAGGAAGUGCAGCAGAUUCUCGAUGAUAUCCAGACCAAGCGCAGCUUACAGUACCGAUGUUCACACCCUGCUCCUGAGAUUGCUCAGAACGCCACCACAUCCCAGCCAGGUCAGCCUCAUGCAGGAGUGCUGAAGCAGAAGACACUUGGGUCACUUUGCUUUAUUGAGAUAUAA